AAUAAUGAGAUAUUUUUAGAAUCUAUCGGAAAACUAUAUAACGCAGGAUUGCAGCCACAAAUUGCAAAUCUCUAUCCGACAGUGGAAUUUCCUGUAAGCCGCGGUACCCCAAUGAUUUCUCCUCUCAUAAGAUGGGAUCAUUUAGAAAAUUUGUAUGUAAUGCGAGCUUGUCAAAAAGAAAUAAUUGACAAAAAGGAAUUGGUUGUUAGUAUUAGUACAUCUGAUGAAGAAUUUGCGUAUUUAAUAGGCCAUGUCGUUAAUGAAAAAAAUUUAUUUCCUGCUAUGGGGUAUCUUUUUUAUAUCUGGGACAUGAUCGCAUCGUUAAAAAACCAAGAAUAUAUCAAUACACCAAUUGUGUUUGAAGACGUUAAUUUUAUUCGUGCUACAGUACUAUCACAUCAAAAUGAGAUCGAAUUAACUUUCUCGAUCCAAGAAGGUAGCAAUAGGUUUGAAAUAACCGAAGGAGAUAAUGCUAUUGUUACUGGAACAGUACGAAUUCCAUCCAAUAUUGAAAAUGAGAAAAUAUCAGCUAAUCUUGCUGAAUGUAUCGAUGAUGAGGAAGAAAUGAAUACAAAAGACAUCUAUAAGGAAUUAAAACUUCGCGGUUAUCAAUAUACCGGUGCAUUUCGUGGGUUAAAAAGCGCAUCGGUUACGGGAUCAAACGGCCAUAUCGCAUCUACAUCUAAUUGGGUGGCAUUUAUGGACAGUAUGUUACAGAUGAUGAUUUUAGGACAGAAUUCAAGAAGCCUUUAUGUUCCAACAAGAAUUCGCAAACUGACUAUCGAUCCGAAAUAUCACAUACAGAUAAUUCAAGAUUAUCCAAUUGAAGAUAGACAAUUCUCUGUUCGUCGUUACAAGUCUUUAGACGCUAUAAUAUCUGGAGGAAUAGAAAUUUGUGGUACUGUGGCUACACCUAUAUCUCACCGAAAAAAAGUAGUUAAUACCGUUCUUGAAGAAUACAAAUUUGUUGCUCAUCGUGAUUUAGGUACUACGUCGUUGCAAGAUGCAAUAAGAAUGUCGACGCACAUUGCACUUGAAUGUUGCAAUAUGAUAAAUGUUAAAAUUAUCGAAUUUGUCGACGAUAGUGACAAAGUGGUACCAGAAGAUUUAAAUUCUCCACUUAUUAGUAAAAUCUUAAAUGAUUUACCGCAGAUUCGACACUACACUAAACUCGUGACGACCCACGAGAAAUUCUCAAAUAUUUCUUUACCCGACAACGUUUCUACAACGGAAAUUACUAAGUUGUCGAAGGACGAGAAUUGUUUGAUAGUCCUUGGUUUCAAUAUUUUGACAAAAAAUAGCAAAACAUUAUACAAACAGUUGCUGUCUCUGUUAAUGCCACAAGGUUUUCUAUUGACUUUGGAGGAAUCCGGUGCCUACGAUUAUUCAUGCCUGAAAACGUAUGAGUUGGAUAUUAUACUGGAAAAACAAAUAAAUGACAAGAAGCUUUUGUUAUUAAGAAAAACGCAAAAUAUUGCCAGAAACCAGCGGAUUGUACAUGUGAACAAUUACGAAUUUUCAUGGGUAGAUGAACUGAAAUCAAUCAUGAAUGUGCAAAACGAGACUGGUGUAGAUACGGAGAUAAUUCUCGUCUCGGAAAAAGACUUCGAAUGCGGGCUACUCGGUUUUAUUAAUUGUUUGCGAAAAGAACCAGGCGGCGAAAUAAUUAGAAGCGUAUUUAUUCAAGAUGACAAAGCGCCUACAUUUUCUUUGCAAGAACCGCUGUACACGAAGCAGCUACAGUUGGACCUACCCAUCAAUGUUAUACGUACCGGUAACGUUUGGGGAUCAUACAGGCAUUUACCAUUACCAUCGUUAGAACCAAAACUUGUUCAGAGGGCUUACGUUACGCAGAUGGUACAAGGAGAUAUGAGUACUCUCUGCUGGGCACAGAGCAGAAUGUCUUGCAUUAACCAUGAAAAUCUUGUUAAUGUAAUUUAUACGUCUGUUAAUUUUAAAGAUAUUAUGAUAGCUACUGGCAGACUCAAUGCUGAAACGUUCGAACGCGGUAACGACUGUUUUAUUGGCUUAGAAUUUGUUGGUUUCAAUACGCAUAAGCAGAGGAUAAUGGGAUUAUGUUCACACGGAGGAAUGACGAACAUUCUUGUGGCUGAUAAAUAUCUCAGUUGGAUUAUACCUGACAAGUGGACAAUGGAAGACGCAGCAACGAUUCCGUGUGUGUACAGCACGUGUUACUAUGCUUUAUACAUAAAAGGUAAAAUGAAAAAGGGAGACAAAAUCUUAAUCCAUUCUGGUACUGGAGGCAUUGGUCAAGCUGCGAUUUAUCUUGCGCUUCACAAAGGUUGCGAAGUGUUUACGACAGUUGGAACUGUCGAGAAACGACAGUUUAUAAGAGAAACGUUUCCCUCGAUUCCCGAAGAUCAUAUCGGAAACUCUCGAGAUACAAGCUUUGAACAAAUGAUUAUGCAGCGUACAAAAGGUCGUGGGGUAGAUAUCGUAUUGAAUUCUUUAGCCGAAGAAAAAUUACAAGCAUCUGUUCGCUGUUUAGCACAUGGUGGUCGUUUUCUAGAAAUUGGAAAAUUUGAUAUGGUUUCCAAUAAUUCCUUGGAUAUAUCUAUCUUUUCUAAAGAUAUCAGCUUUUAUGGCAUUUUAUUAGACAAAUUAUUCUAUUCAAACGCAGAACAAAAGUCAAGGUUGUGGAAAACAAUAACAGAAGGUUUAAAGGACGGUGCUAUUAAACCACUAUGCAGGAGAGUCUUCGAAAGAAAUGAAAUAGAAGCUGCCUUUAGAUAUAUGGCAGCUGGAAAACAUAUUGGCAAGAUAAUUAUCAGAGUUCACAAAGAGGAAGAGCCUUUGGAUGCUCCACUACUCGCUCAUCCACGUUAUCAUUGUUUGGAUCAUAAAUGCUACGUUAUUUUGGGUGGACUUGGCGGAUUUGGUUUAGAACUAGCAGAUUGGUUGACUCUGCGAGGUGCAAAAAAUCUGGUAUUAACAUCACGAACCGGGAUUAGAACAGGUUAUCAGCAAUCAAGAGUAAAGCUAUGGCGGUCUUACGGUGUGGAUGUACAGAUCGUUACAGUCGAUAAUAAUUUGAAACAUGAAGAUUGUGAAUCCCUAUUAAAAUUUGCUGAAAAAAGAGCACCGGUGGAUGCCAUAUUUAAUCUUGCAGUUGUUUUAAAAGAUUGUAUAUUUCAAAAUCAAUCAUCGCAAACGUUCGAAGAUUCAUUCAAAUCGAAAGCAUGGAUGACGAAAAAAAUGGACGAAUUGUCGAGAAAGAUCUGCCUGCAACUUCGACAUUUUGUCGUUUUUUCCUCCGUGUCGUGUGGAAGAGGAAACGCAGGCCAGACAAAUUAUGGGAUGGCUAAUUCCGUAAUGGAGAAAAUUUGUGAGAAGAGGAUGAAAGAAGGAUUACAUGGUUUAGCGAUACAAUGGGGUGCUGUUGGUGAUGUCGGACUCGUGGCAGAUAUGCAAGAAGAAAAUAAGGAAUUGGUUAUUGGAGGUACAUUGCAACAACGAAUAACUUCCUGUUUGGAUACAUUAGAAGUAUUUUUGUUACAAGAUCGACCUGUUGUAAGCAGUAUGGUUGUUGCUGAAAAAGCAAAAAUUGGCGGAUCAAUGAAUAUUUAUGAAACAGUUGCUCAUAUGAUGGGAUUGAAGAACAUAAACGCAAUACCAUCAAAUAUGCCAUUGGCCGAAAUUGGUAUGGAUUCGAUGAUGGCAGUGGAAAUUAAGCAAAUGUUGGAAAGAGAGUUCGAUAUUUCCCUGACAGCGCAAGACAUUAGAACUCUAAAUUUUGCUAAACUUAGACAAAUGACAAUUACACCCGACCAAGGAAAGAUACAAGAUACAAAUAAAAUUAAUCCAAGUAAUUUGGGAGGCUUCGACAUGCUGAUUCGAAAAGUGAAAGAUUCAGACUUUGUUCCAGAUAUUCUUGUAGAACUUGUUACGAAAGAGGUUAAUCGAGGCAAUAUAUUUCUCUUACCGGGAAUCGAAGGAUGUUUAAGUGUAUAUAAAUCUAUAGCAUCAGGAAUUAAAUCUUCGGCAACGUGUGUGCAACAUGGUGUACUUAAUAUUCCUGACGACAAUCAUUCAGUGAUGAAGUCAGCCACUUAUUUGCUGCCACACAUAUUAAAGAAAAUGAAAGAUCAAAGGGAAUUUCUAAUAGUGGGUUAUUCAUUUGGAUCCUUAAUUGCCAUCGAAUUAGCAAGAUUAUUAGAAGCUUAUAGUUUCUCAGGACGGUUAAUACUAAUAGAUGGAGCUCCUGAUCAAUUGAAACUUUGGACUAAUCAAUAUUUGGACUGUACUUCGCCAGAAGAGUUACAAAACAUAAUAUUACUUAGUUUAUUGGAAAUGUACACUAUAAUUAACAAGAAAACACUUGCGUUAGAGCUAAAUAAAUGUAACACGGUGGACGAAAAAUUAAAAGUAUUUCAUGCUUACUUCCCGAAGGAUUUAAAUAGAUUGACCAUCAAAAAUCAAAAACUGAUAUAUUCUACAGCUUACAAUCAUAUAGUUGCUAUACAGGAUUAUGAUAUUUCUUCAUUACCUCGCCUUAAAUCGCAUAUAACAUUGCUAAAACCUACAUUUCCGAUUGCUUCUUUUACUGAAGAGGAUUAUGGUCUACAUAAGGUUACCGAAGGUAAAGUGCAAAUUCAUUAUGUGGAAGGUAAUCAUAUCACAAUGAUGGACAACGACAAAAUCAUAUCAGCUAUUAACGAAGAAUGGAUAGAAGAUAAUAAGAUAGAAGAUAAUAUAAUACAAUAAAUAUAUAUACUUUAUCGGGACGCGGUAACAUUAAAACAAAAUAUUUCAAACAUAUUAUAUAUAAAAAAAUAAGAUGUCUUUCUGAUAAUGUUAUUCUACAAUACAUCUGUAAAAUUUAAAAUAAGCAUG